GGACGCGUGGCGACUUUAGUGCGGUCGCUCGAGUGCGAAUCUAUUUUUACAAGCACAUACUUUCCCUUCCGUGUCGUGUGAGCGUACUCGCUUUUGGUGUAAUUGACAACUCGUUGGUGGUUCUGAGCAGAUUGAAACGCUGGUAGUGCAUUUUAUUUGCCCUGUCCGAACGAAAAAACUCCAAAGAACUGACGAGGGCAAAAUGUUUCGCUAUUUGCCGGAACUCCAAAGCAGCUAGACGACCCGUGGUUCCAGUUUUACUUGUAUUGUUUACCAGUUUAACAAAGUGACGUGAAAACAAAAAUAGAAAGCGAAGGAGCUCGUGCGAACCGUCCCAUGCUGUAAACUUGCAGUGCACAGGAAAAAAAAGUAACGAAAUUGAUCCAGCAUCUGAUGUGAAAUGUGAAGUACGAAUAGAAGAAAAUAGUAAAAAUAUCACCCGAUGGGGGCGACGCGCGAUGGCGCACAAAAUGUGCCAAAGUGCCACACGGUGCCGAUUAUGUAGAGUGCCAACGUUGUGCGAUAAUAAUGGUUCAAAGUGUUGUGAAAUACGCAACGAAAAGUAAACGGAAAGAUAGCACGAAACCUGCAACACAGAAUUCAGCUUGAAAGAAGGUUAAAAAAACGAAUGAUUCCUCUAAUCACUUCGUGGUGGCGCUGAUAAGGAGUGUAAACAUCGCGGAGCAAUUUACUCCCGCCACUGUGUGUGUGCGUGUGUGUCUGUUUUGGUGUUUUUCUUCGCUUUUUCGCAUUUCCCUUUAAAUCCAUCUCCCGGUCCGCGACCGUCUGUCAAAACGCUGCGCGUGGAAGUGUUCGACCGUGAAAGAAAAGCACGGCUUUCUGCGAUUGUGCUCCGGCUUUCUCGUGUGCUGAACUUGACCGGGAGCCGAUAGUGGAGAAUCGAAUUCGCGGGGUCUCUGUGGCGCUGCUAGCUGAGAAGGAAAGUAGACGAGAGAACGAUUGGCGCUACAGGACGGCUGUAAAAGAACGUUGUACGGAGUGAGGAUACGGUUAGUUUGCACUCGUACGUAUGCACCUGUUCAAGAUGGCUAACCGGUCGCCAAGAGAACCGUUGUGUCCCACCUUGCAGUACUUUGUCGUGAUCGCCGAUGACGAAGAUCAACACGUAGCUGAAGAAGUUCCGGUCAUCGCGAGUGUGUCCGCCCCCGUAAAAGAGUGCCCCGUCAGCGAUGACAUCGACCGCGAUCGCAGCCGCAGUGGCCACUCCACCGUCGGUGGUACCGUCCGUCGCGUUCCGUUCCAGUGUGCCCGCGGCGGCCUCCCUUCGGAGUGUUGAUUCGCCCGGCGACAACGUUGGUGCUGGUGGUGGUCGCUUGCUGCGCCGGAAAGAGUUUCUGGCCGAGGCGAACCGGACCACGUCGCUGAAGACGCUGUCGUGCGAUCUGAGCGAGAUUCUGGUGAAGAAUCUGAGCCUGAAGCGUAGCGAAACGUCCGAGAGACGGUCGCAGCCGCCGGCGGACGACGUGACAGUGGAGGAGUAUUCCGGCGUCAUCGGCCCCCCGACGAACGGUGGUAGUGGUGGUGGUGGUGGUUUAGUAGGGGUGUGUGGCGCUCAAAGUGCAAAUAACAGUGCCUCCUACGGUAGUGCUAACAGUCGGCAUUCGUUGUGCGACACGUUCACGUCGGUGAACAAGUUCAUUAAGCUGAAGCGCGUCUCGAGUGAUGGUAGCAAUCUGAGCCGGUUCUCGUCGGUGGUCGCUGCCAGUGCGGGCGGUGGAGCAAACUACACCCGGAUCGUCGAGCAGCCGGCCAAGCAGCCGGCGCCAGCUUUCAAGCGGGUUGAAAUCAGUGUGCGUGAAAGGACACCGAACCAGAAGGGUGGCGCUAGUGUCGUUAGCAGGUGUGUUGGUGCGCCCGGUUCCACCAGCGGGGAGCUACCGUUGAGUGAAUCCGACGAAAACGACGACGACGGAGCGGGGGGUGAGUGCGGUGAGGAGCACCCGGUGUUGUCGGUGCGCAAAGGUGGUGUGAUAGUGAACCAGCUCGAUCAGGUGGACGAAACCUGUCCACUGUUGGCCGGUGGCGGCGGUAGUGAGGCAGGGGAUGGCCGUGCGCCAACGAUAACGCUGCGCAAGAAGGACACGGCCCUGGUGUUCACCAGGAAGAAGUGUGACGAUCGUGCCUCGCUCCCGCUCCCUGAAGAGCCAGUGUCGAAGGUGGUACUGCGUCGGAGGGUGCGCUUAGGGGAUUGGACGUCGACUGUACGGGCGGAAAAGGUGAACGUGGAAGUGAAGAGACGUAGCCUACAGUGGCCUAUCGGGGGAAGAACGGCGGUGGAGGUGCCUGAAGGGGACGGCUUGGGACACCGCCGGAGAAGUGGAGGAGGAGUUGGUGAUUCGUCGAACGGAAGCCGGUUUCGUCACUCCUGGAACGCACCGGGAUACGAUAUUCUCGAGGAGGAUCCAGUUGGUGGAGGAGGAGGAGAAAGAGGAGAAGGGGAUUUAGGAAAGAACUUUGCCUCAAUCAUUCACAAUCUGGCUGGACUCAGGAAUCACCACCUCGCGAAUGGGACACAUGAGUCCGUGUCCCUGCUGGAGCAGCACUCGCCGCAGAUCGUCCCGUCGCGCGCCUCCCGACCCACCUCACUCGUGGGCACGGCCGGGGCGGGGUCCCGCCGGAGCGGUCCGGCGAGCUGGAUCCACUCGUCCCCGAUGGUGCCCACGAGUGGCAGCGCUGCCGGCGGGGUGGUGGAUGGUGGUAACGCGGAGAGCAGCCCGCACGCCGGUUCCGUCCUGAGCGGGGGACCGGUUCCUCGCAAGCGGCGCUUCGAAGCAUUUCUCAAGAACCUCGUCGGUCGGCGGCCAUCCAAGGAACCGCCACCACCGGCGGCACCACCUCCUCCUCCGGCCCCGUCACUGCUGCUGCCGUCGCCCGAGAUCAAGAUCAGCAAAAGCCCGUCCGAGCACAACCUGGCCGAGAUCACGCGCAGCCGGCUGAACAUCUCGACCACCUCGCUGUCGUCGGUGCACCAGAAGCUGUGGUCGGUGGUGCCGCUGCUGAAGCGGGACGUGAGCUGUGCGAGCCUGGCCUCACCCAAGACGACCCCGCUGCUGCUGGACACUAGUCAGGUGUCGUCGUCCGGCGCACGAUGCGGACCCAGUGGUCGUGGCUCCUGUGGUAGUGGUGGUGGUGGAAAUGGUGGCGCUUCCGGUGGCAUGCGGAAGUGUGAAACCGUGCUCGCACUGACAGGUUCCUCCUCGUCCUCCGCCUCGCAAACGCUGGAACCCAUUCGCCCGCUGAACCGGCUGCGUAACUGCGCCUCGGUUGCGACCUGCUCCCGCUGCUCUAGUCUUCUGUCGCUGGCCGCGGCCGGCUCACGCUACUCACUGAACGCGUCGAACGGUGCGUUCGUGUCCGUGUCCGGUCCGAGCGACACACCACCCGAUCCGGAGGGGCUGCCAGCCAAGCCGAAAAAAGCACACGACCCAACCGGAAGCAGUGGCGGCGGUGGAAGUGGAUCCAAGCGAAAGCACGUCGGUAACCUGCUUCGGCUUACGACCACCAGUUGCUCCUCGUCCAGCUCAUCGUCGGCCGCGUCAUCGCCCUGCUCAUCGUCCACGCCGUCGUCGUCGUCAUCGUCGUCUUCCUCGUCCCCGUCGCCGUCGCCCACGACUCCAAACAACGGGCCUGCAUCUCCUGCGUCGAAAGCCGCCCUACUGCUUCCUAGUCCUACGCUUCUAAUACCGGUAUCGCCGAUCACCACCGGACCAUCGACGACCACGGCAACGACGACGACGGCCUUAACGCCGACCGUUAAGUUCACCUGCAAACUGUGCCUUGGCGAGUACAGUGCCGAGAAUCUGACCCGCAUCACGCAGUGUGCUUGUUCGUUUUGCACCGAGUGCAUGACGGCUUACGUGGAGUUCGAAAUUUCCGAGGGCGCGUACGAAGUGUCCUGCCCGGACGCCCAGUGUCCUGCGCAGGGAAUCCUCACGAUUGCGGAAAUAACGGCCCUGGCGUCAUCAUCGCUGGUGGAAAAACACCACCGUUAUCGACUGAAUAGAGAGGUAGAACUGGAUCGCUUCCGGACCUGGUGUCCAAAGGCGGGUUGCGAGACGAUUUGUCUGGUGGGCCCGGCGGCGGCGGAACAGCAGCAGCAGCAGAAGAACCAAACGAACCAAACGUCCGCGUCGGCAUCCUGCUCCGAUCGGAUCGUGCCACUGUCGCCCUCGUCCACCAGCAUGCCGUCACCCUGCGCCGUGCACUGUCCCACCUGUCGGGAGGAUUUCUGUUCCGGCUGUAAGAAGACGUGGCACCCGGCGAUGUCGUGCGAGGAAAAUUCCCGCCGGCUGGCGGUGGACGGACAGGCGGACGCACUCGGCAUCCCGUUCGACAAUGAUCUCAUCAAGUGCUGCCCGAUGUGCACCGUCCCGAUCGAGAAGGACGAGGGCUGCGCGCAGAUGAUGUGCAAGCGCUGCAAGCAUGUCUUCUGCUGGUACUGCCUGGCCAGUCUCGAUGACGACUUCCUCCUCCGACACUACGACAAAGGUCCGUGCAAGAACAAGCUGGGCCAUUCGCGGGCGUCCGUCGUGUGGCAUCGGGCGCAGGUGAUCGGAAUCUUUGCCGGUUUUGGCAUCCUGCUGCUGGUCGCCUCACCGUUGCUACUGCUGGCCGCACCGUGCAUCGUGUGCUGCAAGUGUCGCAUCUGCAGCGGUGCCGCCAAGCUCGAGGAAACGGAAGUGGACUACGACGAUGUGGCCGUAGCGCUGCACAGCGGAAACCACCAGCGAUAGGAGCAUCGUCAGAUGGAUGGAUGCAGAAGGUGUUACGGGUUUGGUUAGGUUUCAUCGUGGCGCGGGGCGCCCUUACCUGAUGUCUUAGAGGAUCGGAAUCACUGAACGAGCCGCCGUCCCACACAUGAGCAGAAGCAGCGCUUCCGCUAGUCAGCAUCGAACGCAAAACCGACGAGGAAUCGACGAGUAUAGCUAGGGAACAACAACAAAGAAGGGACACACACACACCGUUGUUCGGGCAAGCUUCUCUAGCUCAAAGUUUGAGCUGUCCUGAUUUUUGGUUCUACAGUAUUUUGCUUUUAUCAUUUACGCGCUCAAACGCUUCGCAUCUUCACUGUGGCAGCACAUCAUAGCGGAUGUGCCCAACGGGGGGAGCAAAGAACGGGUCGAUACCGAACGAUAAUUCAUCGUUAUUUAAAGGGUAAACAAACCGAACGUGCUUUUAAAAAUCAGGACGAAUCCUUUUGUUCCCCCACCCACCCCAAGCGGAAUAGUGUUUUACUCGAGGCAGUAGCAAAGGUCGUACUUUAUGGAAGCGAUACUCUACGCAAAGGAUCAUUCCAUUGAAAUAAAAAUUAGGGGUUGCGAAUACACGAAUGCGGGGCGAACGACGCUAGUGAAUAGCCAGUUGCUUUUUUUAAGUCUGUUGCGUGAAACGAUUUGAUCAACAUUCAUAUAAAAAAUAUAGAUAUGUACGAAUAACUAUA